GCAGAGGCACUUCUAGGAGUGACAUUGCUUGCAUUUGCAGCACGGAGGUGAGUCCGCUUCUUCAUGCGUCUUUUCGCCAUGACUAAAACUCGUUCUUUAAUGUAAUGUGACUAGAGCCCAGUUUGUUUGUGUUUCGAAAGAUAUAUUUCUUUUCGAAAUUCUGCUAGUCCGGAACAAUGAUUUUGCGGGAUAUCAAAAAAUAUUUUGUGCGGAGAAUCAACAAAACCGGCUUUUUUAAUAACCACCAGCGAGGAUUGGCUCUAGUUACAUAUAUCCGUAUUUAUCUAGGGAUUAUUAUUUAUUGUCCAAAAUGUCGGCUUUGAAGAAGCGGAAGCUGGCUCACGCAGCUCGGCCAGAUCCCACUGAGAGCGACCCCGAAUCCUCCAGUUCAGCAACCUCGCAACAAUCGCAAGCAUCAGGAGUCCAUGAACAAGAUGACAAAAUCCCACAGGAACAGCAAGAUGAGGCUGUGACGAAGUCUUUCAAAGAUCUAGGCAUUAUUGAUUCAUUAUGUGAAGCAUGUGAAACUUUAGGCUACAAAUCACCUACUCCCAUCCAAGCAGAGUCAAUCCCGCUCGCCCUCCAGGGGCGGGAUCUUAUCGGCCUGGCGGAGACGGGAAGCGGGAAGACGGCCGCAUUUGCCUUGCCAAUUCUACAAGCUCUAAUGGAGAAGCCACAAUCCCUAUUCGGUCUCAUACUGGCACCCACACGAGAACUAGCCUACCAAAUAUCAGGAGCCUUCGAGGCGCUUGGCUCUCUGAUCUCGGUCCGGUGCGCUGUCAUAGUUGGCGGAAUGGACAUGGUUCCUCAAGCAAUCGCGCUGGGGAAGAAACCUCACAUCGUCGUCGCGACACCAGGCCGUCUCCUUGACCACCUCGAAAACACUAAGGGCUUCUCCCUCCGCAACCUCAAAUAUCUCGUGAUGGACGAAGCCGACAGGCUCCUCGACCUCGACUUCGGCCCUAUACUCGACAAAAUCCUCAAAGUACUCCCUCGCGAACGCCGCACAUACCUCUUCUCCGCAACCAUGAGCUCAAAAGUCGAAUCCCUCCAGCGCGCCUCCCUCUCCAACCCUCUCCGCGUCUCCAUCUCCAGCAGCAAAUACCAAACCGUCUCCACCCUGCUCCAAAGUUACCUCUUCAUUCCCCACAAAUAUAAAGACCUCUACCUCGUCUAUCUCCUCAACGAAUACGCCGGCCAAUCCGCCAUCGUCUUCACACGGACCGUCAAUGAAACCCAACGCCUCGCUAUCCUACUCCGCGCUCUCGGCUUCGGCGCCAUCCCGCUCCACGGCCAGCUCUCCCAGUCCUCCCGCCUAGGCGCUCUUAGCAAAUUCCGCUCGCGCAGUCGCGAUAUCCUUGUCGCCACGGACGUCGCCGCGCGCGGCCUUGACAUCCCCUCCGUCGACGUGGUUCUCAACUUCGACCUACCCCCGGACAGCAAGACGUAUAUCCAUCGCGUAGGCCGGACCGCGCGAGCGGGCAAGAGCGGACAUGCCUUUAACAUUGUGACGCAGUACGACCUUGAGGUGUGGCUGCGGAUUGAAAAUGCGCUGGGCAAGAAAUUGGAGGAGUAUAAAGUUGAGAAAGAGGAGGUGAUGGUGCUGAGUGAUAGGGUGGGCGAGGCGCAGCGACAUGCGAUUACGGAGAUGAAGGAUUUACAUGAGAAGAGGGGGUCGAGGGGUGCUACAUUGAGGGGAAGAAGGCCGGCGAAGGGCGCCAAGAGAGGAAGGGAUGAUAUGGAUCGCGAGGAAGGGUAGGGAGUGUGAGAUUUAGAUUUAUGGUAAUCAUUAUAAUGAAAAUGAAUAUCCUAUGUGAUGCCUAUACAGUCUCUAUUCCUUGUUAUUGCUAGGUCAUUGUGUAGCUUUCCUUGUGUUCGAUAUCUUUUUGGUGGAGUAAUGCUUAAAAUUUCGAUUCGCAGGUGACCUAGACGAAAAAUCAACCUUGACUGGCCACAGGCGCAGUAUGGCUCGGUAAAAUUGAUGCCUGAGACUCCGUCUGGUUUAUUCCAUCUUCAAUUUUCGUUCUCAAUUUUUGUCUUGAAUCCUUUGUCAAAUGUUUUAUCUCCCGUAAGUAAAUAGCUCGACAACAGUAUGGGGGAAAAAAUGUCUGAAUAGGAGACAUGGAUUCAUCGAAUCCAGAGCGUUUGAAUUAAACCUAAUUAAAAUAAUCAAUUCGUCAGGGGUAGCUGUAGAUUAGGAGUCUGAUUUUAAGAUACAGAAGAAAAAAGAAAAGAAACGAAAAGAACAGUCGCCAUAAAUAUUCAAUCCAGGCCCCAAGACAUCCAAGAAUGUGCUGGGUAAUUUUUCCAGCAUUUCUCUCGAUUUCCUCAUGUCGAC